GUGAGUCGGGCAGGUGUCUCGGACUAAGAACUUUGUGUGAGCGCUGGACUCUGAGUCUCCGAGUCUUCUCUCCUGCUCCAUCCUUGCAUCCUUCCAUCCUUUAUCCAUCUAUCCAUCUCUUCCUCCUUCCAUCCCAAAGCCGAGGAGGGUCUCAGGAGACAGACAUAUCUUAGGCUCGGGACUUGGCGGAGACUCGGGUCAAACAGAAGAGCAACCCGAAUAGAAAAGAGGGGAGGGGGCCGGGAGGACCACCCCUAGGAAUAAAAAGAAAGCGUUGAGCUCAGCCCAGUCUGUACCUAGUAGCCUCGACUAUGCAGAGCUGUGUCAAGUGGUGGGGGGGACUGCGCCUCGGCCGAGGGGUGGCGGCGGCCAGUGGCCGCCACUUGGCCGCAGGUCCCACAGGGCCGAGUCCCCUGGCGGGGCGCUGGGCGCAGCCGGGCCGGGACUACAGCGGCGCUGGCCGCGAGGACCGCAACCCCAGCCCUGGGACCACUGUGACCUCCCGGCACAUUGAGCAGCUACUCCCUAGGCACGAUGACUUCCGAAGGCACAUUGGCCCGAGAGACAAAGAGAAGGGGGAGAUGCUGCAGACCUUAGGAUUGGCGAGUGUUGAUGAAUUGAUUGAGAAGACAAUCCCUGCCAGCAUCCGCCUGAGAAGACCCUUGAAGAUGGAGGAUCCUAUUUGUGAAAAUGAAAUCCUUGAAAUUCUGCAUGAUAUUGCAAGCAAGAAUAAAAUCUGGCGGUCCUACAUUGGCAUGGGCUAUUAUAACUGCUAUGCACCUCAGGUCAUCAUCCGGAAUUUGUUGGAGAAUGCAGGAUGGGUUACCCAGUAUACACCUUACCAACCUGAGGUGUCCCAGGGAAGACUGGAGAGUUUGCUCAAUUUCCAGACCAUGGUAUGUGAUAUCACUGGAAUGGACGUAGCCAAUGCUUCCUUGCUAGAUGAGGGGACUGCUGCAGCGGAGGCUAUGCAGUUAUGUCACAGACACAGCAAAAAUAGGAAAUUUUAUGUGGACCCCCGGUGCCAUCCACAGACAAUAGCUGUUGUGCAGACUCGAGCCAAUUACAUUGGGGUCCUCAUUGAAUUGAAACUGCCUCAUGAAAUGGACUUUAGUACUAAAGAUGUCAGUGGAGUACUAUUUCAAUAUCCAGAUACAGAGGGGAAGGUGGAAGACUUUAUGGAGCUUGUGGAUAGAGCCCACCAGCAUGGGGCUCUGGCUUGCUGCGCUACUGAUCUGUUAGCUCUUUGUGUCCUGAGACCACCAGGAGAAUUUGGAGUUGACAUUGCCUUGGGGAGUUCUCAAAGGUUUGGGGUGCCAUUGUGCUAUGGUGGACCACAUGCUGCCUUUUUUGCUGUUCGGGAAAACUUGGUGAGAAUGAUGCCUGGAAGAAUGGUGGGUGUGACAAGAGAUGCUGCAGGAAAGGAAGUAUUCCGUCUUGCUCUGCAGACGCGAGAGCAACACAUCAGGAGAGAUAAGGCUACAAGCAACAUCUGUACAGCUCAGGCCCUUUUGGCUAACAUGGCUACUAUGUUUGCCAUCUACCAUGGCUCCAGUGGGCUUAAGCAUAUUGCCAGGAGGGUACAUAAUGCCACCUUGAUUCUAGCAGAAGGUCUUAAGCGAGCUGGACAUAAGCUACAACAUGACUUGUUUUUUGAUACCUUGAAGAUCCAAUGUGGCUGUUCCCUGAAUGAGGUUUUGGAUAGAGCAGCUCAGAGGCAGAUAAACUUCCGACUUUUCAGAGAUGGCACACUUGGCAUUUCCCUAGACGAAACAGUCACAGAAAAAGAUCUGGAUGAUUUGUUGUGGAUUUUUGGCUGUGAGUCCUCUGCGGAACUAGUUGCUGAGAGCAUGGGAGAAGAGAAGAAGGGUAUCUUAAGGACUCCAUUUAAAAGAACUAGUCCAUUCCUGACACACCAAGUGUUUAACAGCUAUCAGUCGGAAACUAAUAUUGUCCGCUACAUGAAGAAACUGGAGAACAAAGAUAUUUCUCUCGUCCACAGCAUGAUUCCUCUGGGAUCCUGUACAAUGAAGCUCAACAGUUCAUCCGAACUUGCACCAAUUACUUGGAAAGAGUUUGCCAAUAUUCAUCCUUUCGUGCCUCUAGACCAAGCUCAAGGUUAUCAGCAGCUUUUCCGAGAGCUGGAGAAGGAUUUGUGUGAACUCACAGGCUAUGACAGAGUUUCCUUCCAACCUAACAGCGGAGCCCAGGGAGAAUAUACUGGCUUGGCUGCAAUCAAGGCUUAUUUAAACAGGAAAGGGGAGCAUCACCGAAUUGUCUGCCUUAUUCCUAAAUCUGCACAUGGUACCAACCCUGCAAGCGCCCAUAUGGCAGGAAUGAAAAUUCAGCCAGUGGAAGUGGACAAAAAUGGGAGUAUUGACAUAGUCCAUCUCAGAGCCAUGGUGGAUAAGCAUAAAGAGAACCUGGCAGCCAUCAUGAUCACUUAUCCAUCCACCAAUGGGGUAUUCGAGGAGAACAUCAGUGAUGUGUGUGACCUUAUCCACCAACAUGGAGGCCAGGUUUACCUGGAUGGAGCAAACAUGAAUGCACAGGUGGGACUCUGCCGUCCAGGAGACUUUGGCUCCGAUGUCUCACAUUUAAACCUUCACAAGACCUUCUGCAUUCCCCAUGGGGGCGGUGGGCCUGGAAUGGGCCCCAUUGGUGUGAAGAAGCAUCUUGCCCCUUUUCUACCAAAUCAUCCAGUCAUCCCAAUAAAGCUGGAUAAAGAUGAACACUCUUUGGGUACUGUCAGUGCCGCUCCCUGGGGCUCCAGUGCCAUCUUGCCAAUUUCUUGGGCAUAUAUUAAGAUGAUGGGAGGCAAGGGUCUCAAGCACGCCACGGAGAUUGCAAUACUAAAUGCUAACUAUAUGGCCAAACGACUGGAAAAGCAUUACAAAGUCCUUUUUAGAGGGGCACGCGGUUAUGUGGCUCAUGAAUUUAUUUUGGACACAAGACCCUUCAAAAAAUCUGCAAAUAUUGAAGCUGUGGAUGUUGCCAAGAGACUUCAAGAUUAUGGGUUCCAUGCUCCCACCAUGUCAUGGCCAGUGGCUGGGACGCUUAUGAUUGAACCCACAGAGUCUGAAGAUAAGGCUGAGCUGGAUAGGUUUUGUGAUGCUCUGAUCAGUAUCCGACAAGAAAUUGCUGACAUAGAGGAAGGUCGCAUGGACUCAAGAGUCAACCCAUUGAAGAUGUCUCCACACUCCCUGACUUGUAUAACCUCCUCAAACUGGGAUCGGCCUUACUCCAGAGAAGUAGCAGCUUUCCCACUACCCUUUGUGAAGCCAGACAGCAAAUUCUGGCCCACAAUUGCCCGGAUCGAUGACAUCUAUGGCGACCAGCAUCUGGUUUGCACCUGCCCACCGAUGGAAGUUUAUGAAUCUCCAUUUUCUGAACAAAAGAGGGCUUCAUCCUAGGCCCAGCUCCAAGCUUUCUGGUGAUUUGAAUUGGUGCCUCUCACUGCAGCAUUUUUCUAGCCAGAUGUAUUUUUCUUUUGGUCCCCUUCCCAGGUUCAAGUAGGGGAUUUAUAUAUUGUGUAUAUUUUUGUAAUCUCUGUCAAUCAGGGAAUACAAUCAGGGAAGUGGGUGGAAGCUGCUUGUUUAAAAACUCACAUGUUUCUGUGCCUCUCUUAUAUUUGAUAUUGAAGUUCCCUUGACUGCGUGUGUAUGUUUAUGCAUGUCAUGUAUAUAUAUAUAUAGAAAUUUGCUCUGAUAUGGGCUAGGAUCUUUCGAUGUUACAAUUUUUUAGGCUUCUUGGUGGCUCUGGAGAAACAGAUACACGUCGGUUCCUAAAAAGUCUUAGUGGCUUGUGGCCACUUGAGAGAAAUCCCAGGGCAGAUGUUUACAUUUUGUAUAAAUAGGAGCCAUUUGGGGGAUACUAAUUUGAUUUCUGGUAGUGUUCUACUCUUUUAUCUAUGUGUUUUUUAUUCCCUUAUAUUAAUAUUCCAUUAAAAAAUUUCACAGCUUUAAGAGUACCUUUAUUCUGGGCUAGUUUGGAUUCCAUAAAACAUGUAUAUACUCUAUUGGCUAUAUUCAUGCCACGGGGAGAAAGGAAUCUUGGAAUAUGAUUAACAUUUAAUUCAGAGUGGGAAAAUGGCUAGCAACAAAACAAAACCAAAAAAUCAAAACCCAAUUUCUUCAACACCAUUUUGGACCCAACUUCUGAAGGCUAUUUCUUUACUUUGGUCUCAUACUAUGAAGAUUCCUUUUUGUCCUCCAUGGCAAAAAACUAUGCAUAAGAAUGGUCUGUUGCUGACUAACAAGUGUUUGGAACUGUGAAUGCUUGGUUUCUUCUUACCAUUCUUUCCUUCUAGCUCCUUAAAAAUUCCACCUUCUACAAGAAACUUUUUCUGACUUUUCUGAAUACUGGUGCCUUCCCUCUCCUGAUUACCUCCAAUUUAUCCUCUCUAGAUCUUGUUUGUGCAGUUAUGUGUACGAAAUUUCCUCCAUUAUACUAGGAGAGCUCCUUGAGAAUAGGAUCUGUCUGGUAUAGAACAGCUAAUUCAUAACAUGUUUGUUGAUUACACCCAAUUUGGAUCCACACAUAAAGACUUGAAGAUUUUGUACUUUUAUCAUAACCUAAAGGGUAUAUAUAGAGAACUUAAAGAAUGACUUUAUUUUAGUAAAAUGAAAUAGCAGAGAACUCAGAUAAUUUAAGUGUUCCUUUCUCACAAUCAUUCUUUUAGUCAUUUAUUUAAGCCCUUAAGUUCCGACAGAUAAAAAACUUCUCUGAUGUUACUGAACAAAAAAGAUCUUUGCCCACAGUUUGUACUACCCUAAAUAUAGCCUUAAUUCCACAGCUGACAGAUCAAUCAAUAAAUCUUUAUUAUGCACCUGUCAA